CCUCACUGCUCAAUAAGUCUCGACAUGUCAACUGAAAACGAUUUGAAUAAACCAAAGGAGAUAAAGAAAGAGGAAGAUGCGGAAACAAAAAACCCAAAGGAAGAUAAAAUGAAACCGGUUAAAGAAGAUAAAGAAAAUGACGACAAGAAAAAGGAAACUGAACCGGAAGAGAGCAAAGCCGAAAAGUUUAGAUCUUUAUGUUCUUCUUUUCAACUAUUCUGCUAUAACCCCAAGGAAGGGUCAUGUCUUACACGGACUCCGAUGGAGUGGGUGAAAAUAUUAGCAUUCAUAGUAUUCAUUUGGGGAUGUAUCAUAGCAUUCACUACAAUGUGUUGGUAUCUUUUCAUGGCUAUUCAACAUCCAAACCUAGAAGAUAUUCCAGUUUGGCGAAGAUGGGAUACAUGGGUUGACCCACCAAUAUUCAUUCAACCAGAUCUACACGCCGAACAUCUGCCUUCAGCGUGUCCGCUUUGCGUGUCAGUCAGCAUAAACUGUAUUUACAAUUGGAAACCAGUUGUAUCGACUUUUACUGGAGAAAAAUUGGAUAACCUGACAACAGCGUUGAAAGACAUGAAUUCUCGUCCUUAUCUCGACACUGAGGUUGUGCAUGUGACUUGCCGGGGGAAAACAGACAAUGAUCGUGCCAUAAUGGACGGAGUGCUUGUAAGAGGGAUACCCGGAUAUAUUGCUUCAUUCUUUCCUUGCAGUCCAGAAAAUCAGGACAGUCCUGGAAGAUCUUUCAUCUUAGAUUUCUCAAAAACUCAGUUGGCGACCAAUCCGGAGGCCAAGAGUUUGACUUUUGACUGUAAAGCGUUGGCGGAUAAUAUUGAUAACUCUGAAAAGGAUAUUUAUAAAGGAAACCCACCUGGAGGGGUUAGGUUCACAUUUGACACAACAGAAGUAAAAUCAAUAGUUGAAACAUCCAAAUAGAAAAUACUCUCUUUUAUAGUAAAGUUUUGUUGACUUUCUGUCUUGUAAAAAUUGUUUGCGUGAUGUUUUUAUUCAAAAAGAUUUAUAAAGAUCCUAAAUGUAUGCUAGUAAUUAGUGAAAAUAUAUAUAAUACAAAAUUGG